GUCACUUCAAAAAUGUAUCUGGACAUGACAUAAUAAAUCUGAGUAUAUUCAACAAUUCUAUUUAUUUUUUGUUUUUUUAUCAGUUUAGCAUUAAUUACUUUACAAUGUAAUUUGAAACACAAGAAAUGCAUUCAGUUGCCUGUUAAGUGUCAGCUCAGUCCAUUGCAUUUCAUGUCGGCUUCAGACACUGGCACAGAAAAGCAAUCUAUUGCACAGGGCCCCAGAUGUGACAUGGGUUGAGGUAUUAAUUCUGGCCACAAUAUACAGUAGUCGUUUGUGGACACAAAAAUGCAGAAUAUUUGCAUGAAAUACUAUUUUGUGGAGUUAAUAUCAUUCCAAUGAACAACUUGAGGCCUGGGUAAGAAAAUACAGCACAGCUCCCCUGUUACCUGAAUUUCAAAUGUUCUUAGUAGUAAUGUGUUCUCAUUCUGUCCUUGUCAAGAGGCUGCAAUGCCAUCUUAUCCUCAGUUUAAGACAAAAUUCAAUUGCACCGCUCCUGUCCAUUGUCUUUAGCCCCACCCUCUACUUCGACCUUACAGUUUAGAGAGGGUGUGUUCAGUUUGCUUACCCAACUGUUCACUAUGGAACCAUAAAUAAGUAUUUUGUUGGCACAGCUAAAUAAUUUGUUGCAUGUUGUAUCGACACUGGGCGGGGCGGGGGGGGGCGGUGUGGUGAAUUUACUCCAUUUUAUUUUGUCAUGCGGCUUACUAAGGAGUUGAAUCAGUUCUUGUACUUUCCCCACAGUACUGUAUUGGUUUAUGCACAGUCUGCACUACGAUUAAGCACAGGGUGCGAGUAUCUUCGCUAUAUAGCUACAGUACAUUUGGGAAGUGAUUAUGCCAUAAUUUGUCAUGAGGUAAAGUGGUAUCAUUUAUAGUGUGUUACCCAGAUGCCUCCAUGAGAUGCUAUGUAUGGAUUGUGAUAUCAGAGUCGGUAUCGACCCGUCAGUAUCAACCCCGCCGGCGCUUCCCAGCCGAGCCGUCCGUCAUCCAGGCCACUGCCAAGUGAGCACAUCCCAAGGAGAGAACCUUCCUGGCUUCCACGUGCAGCGAUGUAGAGCCAGCCGCGUGUUGACAUGUAGUGUAGCUGCAGCAGACGAGUCGGGACCAAGUCGAACGAUGACGUUUGCCAUGCUGCGCCCGGUAGCCGCGCGCUUCUAUUCGGACCUGAGCGUCGCGUCCGAGGACGACGACAAUCGCAGCGAGAGCGACGACAGCUCGGAGCGGCUCUACUGCUGCGGCACGCGCGCGAGGACCGCGCGCCAAGCGGAGGGCGAGUCCACCCCGACGGUCAUGAAGCAGCGCAGCGCGGCCAACGCCAGGGAGCGCGGCCGGACCCAGAGCGUCAACAGCGCCUUCACCGCCCUCAGGACCCUCAUCCCCACCGAGCCGGUGGACAGGAAGCUCUCCAAGAUCGAGACCCUGCGACUGGCCUCCAGCUACAUUUCCCACUUGGCCAACGUGCUUCUCAUCGGGGACAGCUGCGCGAAUGGACAGCCGUGCCUCGACGUGGUCCACGCGCAGGCAGGGGACAAGUCGAGCCAGCAGCCCAGGACCAUCUGCACUUUCUGCUUGAGUAACCAGAGGAAAGGGGACAGCAGUGAGUGUUUGAAGAUGCGCAGACUGGGGCCGCUGCGACUGAGACGCUGACUGAACUGACCGGGUGAAGGAUUGGCAACCUGAAAACCCUCAAAAGACUUUCUCAGGGAAGAGUCAGAGCUGCACGCUCGCGCACACACACACACACACACACACACACACACACACACACACACACACACACACACACACACACGGACACACAUGCUGGAUCCGACUUUGGAGCCCCCAGACUACAGUAUUUAUACUUGACCGAGAAAUGUAAGCAUAAGCCCCUCAAGGAUGCAGUGCAUUUGUUUGAGACUUAUGAGCAUUUGUACUUCUUUGUUUGCAAAAAAAAUGUAAUAAAUUUUAUUUUACGAUUGAAUUGUUUUGUAAUCGGAUUGAUCUUUCAUGAACUAUAGGAGCCAUCCCAUGAGGUUAUGUCUACCUUGCGUAACCAUUAUGGCUUAUUUCUGGCUGAUGUUGGCUUUUAAGAUGCCUGUAAGUGUUGAAGGUAAAAUACAGAAUAAAAUGCUAUGUUUGUGAGUUAAA